AUGUCUCUCAAGGUUGUGUUGAUCGCGGCUCUUGUCAUGGUCGCCUUGGCCCGUCCCGAACCUCCUCCUCCUUCUCACUAUCCACGACCUAUAUACGGCGUCCCUUCUACGGAGGCUCCUGCUCGGUACUCCUUCAGCUGGAAAGUCAAUGACGACGCUUCCGGCAACGACUUCGGCCAAGACGAGACCCGUGAUGGUCCCAACACCCAGGGCUCCUACUAUGUGCUGCUUCCCGACGGUCGUCUGGAGAAGGUGACCUACACUGUCAACGGCGACUCCGGCUACGUGGCCCAGGUGACCUACGAGGGCCAGGUCCAGCACACAACACCCCAGCCCUACUAUGGCUAGGUCAACACCCACAU